GUACGCGGGUAGUUUGGCUCGGAGCAACGAGCCUUGGGUGAGCGGAGUCUUUGGGCAGUCUCCUCCUGGGGCUUACUUUGCAGGAGACGGUCGUUACUAUGAGACACCUGAAGCAUUAGGGUCUCUGUCUCUUCCUCAGCAAGCAAGUAUUAUUACCGGCAGCGUCUUAUCAUCUUUAGGUCUUGCUGCUGCUGUUGCUACUGGUUUAGGUGUCUUGGGAACUACUUUAAGAGGGGUGUGGGGUGCUGUUACACGUAAAAGUAAAGAAGCUAUUAGAGGCAUAUUAUAUAAGGCUCCGUUUAAGAAGAAAAAUAAUAAAAUAGUAGAUAGACUUGCGCAUCAUAUUCUUAAGGGACAGGCAGAUGAAAGAGAACAAAGAGAUGUAUUAUUAUUUGUCUUUAAUAAUGAUAAUCCAGCUAAUGAAAGACAUGUCCUUCAGCAGCAAACUCAGGUGUCUCCUCCUAGCAGCAGCACCCAUCAGGUUGUUGCUUGGCUGCAGCAAAGACUAGCAGCACAAGUAGUUCUGCUGCCGAUUGAAGUCUUCAAAGCCCCCUUUGCGAGAAAGCAGCAAACUGUCUCUAACGUUCGUUCACGUCUCCCUGUAGCACAGUUUAUUCAGGGUCUCCUUGUACCUCAGUGCAAUGCAGAGGUGCAGAGACACCCCAAAUUAUUGCAUCUCUUUUCGCUUUUUAUUGCCGAGCCUCGCAAUGUCUCCUCACCUUUAAUGCAGUCUCCUCGUCCCUCCCGUCUCCCUGUCUCUCCUUGGGCUCAAGAGAGACAGACACCAGAGACAAACCUUACUCGUCUGUCUCCUUCUCUACCUAUGCGAGGGGCUGUAGAGAAGCUUAAUGUAACAAGAGGAGCCCACUUUGUAAUAAGUGCAGGCGUCAGCCCUGAUAUUUCUUUAUCAAAUACCUGUACUCAAGGAGACUACAAAAAAAUUAUCAAAGCACUUAAUCAGCGCUGUCUCCUCUUCAGAAGGAAGCCCGUACUCAACAUGAUAGGAGCUACCAUUUCACUUCGUUUAGACUUGGGUUUGCCGCCUUCUGAAGGCAUAGACUGUCCUUGGCCUGGGCCUUCGUCUGGAGCGCUUGUUGUAGAGAACAUCCCCCCUGAGACAUCUGUUUAUAAACUUUUGUUUUCAUUAAUUACAGCAUUUAAGCGCGAUAAUCUUCUUAAGACAAAGGAGACACUUAAUAUAGACAUGCAGAAGCCAUCGCCUGCUACUCCGCCUCCUCCUCCUCCUCCUCCUGCUAAACCUGCUGCUGCAGCUGUUCCUGCUGCUGCUCGUGCUGCUGCUGCAGCAGCUGCUGCUGCUGCUGCAGCAGCAGCUGCUGCUGCUGCUGCUGAUGAUGAUGAUGAUGAUGACGAUGAGGAUGAUGAUGAUGAUGAUGUUAAUGAAGAGGGUGGCGGUGGAAAGCCAGCAGCAGCAGCAGCAGCAGCAGCGGCAGCAGCAACAACAGCAACAGCAGCAACAGCAGCAGUAAGAGCAGCAGAAGCUGCAGAAAGCACUGCAGCAAUUGUCUUGCCUGAGGGUCUUACUGAGAAAGCAUUGGGAUUAUAUGUAGUUCAAACGCAUGCAGCAGGCGACAGAGACAGGGGCCGCAGCAGCAGGGCGUCUAGUGUCUCCAUAGAAAGAGACAUCAAGAUAUACAGAGAGACAGCAGAGGAGACAACAGAGGAGACAGCACAAGAGACAAGCCAGGAAGCAAACAAAGAAGCAAACAAAGACACAGAUAAAGAGACAGGCAAAGAGACACAGCAGCAAACAGACAAGGAGACAGACAAGCAAGAGACAGCAGAUUACAUAGAAAAGGAGACAGAAGAAGAGACAGAAAAGGAGACACGUCAAGGCUCAGUUCUUCAUCGCCUACCCUUUACUAUGUCUGUUAGAGACAUCCUUGACCUCUACGGGCAUGACGGCGUCUUCUUUGGCUUCCUAUAUUUGCCUCACCCCGCUUCUAUGGAUUCUGAAGAAUACAGGAACGCCUGCAGCAGCGGCAGCAGCAGCAGCAGCAGCAGCAGUAGCGGCAGCAGCAGCAGCAGGGGCGCGGUGUACGAACACCCUCUGUCUAAGUGUCUCUCUGUCCUCAGCGGGGCUCUGUAUAACUUUGCAACGGAGACGCUGUCUCUAAACCAUCUGUCUCCAGGCCCUCAGUGUGAUACAGAGAUCUCCCUGAGCGAGAUCAAUACUUUACUUGCUGCAGCUCCUUCUACUCCUUAA